AUGGAUAAGAAUGUCUCUACAAAACUUAAAAAUUUUGAAACAGUGAAUUGGUUGAAAAAUAGAUUUAAGAAUUAGGUCAGAGAUAAAUAUAUUUUAAAUGAUAAAGAACUUAAGGAACAAAUAAUGAUGAAAGCUGUUUUCAAAUCUAUUGAUAGAGAUAAAUCAAGUUUAAUUUUAUUCUUUCAAUUUAUUUUUAGAAUUCUUAGAUAGGUAAGAACUCUAUGAUAUGUUCAAACGAUAUGGCAUUAACAUCACCAAGACUAAACUCAAAGAGUUUUUUAAAAGAAUCGAUUAAGAUGAAGAUGGUAAGCACAUCAUUUAUCUCAGAUAAACUCAAUUGGACUGACUUCAAAUAAGCCUUACAAAACUAAGAAGCACUUUAAAGUAAGUUUUAGACAUUAAAUAAAUAGUGUUUGCUGAACUAAUGAGAAAAAUAAAGGAGUCUACAGAAAAAAAAGGAAAAAAAGAUGAAUUAAGUUUUAUACCUUUGAGUUUUCCUAAUAUGAUAUAAUACAUGAAUUAUUGUGUAUUAAGAGAAGAACUUAUACAAAAGAUUAAUUCUAAUUAAUUGAAUACUUAAUAGAAAGUUAAAUAAUGCAAAAAUCUGUUAUCUUUAGAGGACAUAUGUUAUAAUAAGGUUGUUGAAUUAAAAGAUGAUGAUAAUGAAGAAUUAGAAGAAGCUGCUUUUAUUAAAUCAGCUAAAAAAUCUAAUGAUUAUCAACAACUUGCUAUUUUAAAAAGAUUAUAAGAAAAAGAAUAAAUUGAAUAACGACAAGUAAUUUUAAAUUAUAAUGAUUUAGAGUCGCAUAAGAAAAUUAAGUACAUCAUAGUAUUACAAAUCUGAAUCUGACUAAACUAAUCGAUCUAUGGGAAAAAAGAGUAAACAACUUAGUACUGAUAAAAAUUAAUAUGCUCAACCUGAAUUCAAAUUAUUUGAUUAAUUAGUUUCUGAAAAUCAACAUGAACUUCCACCUAUUUAAAAUGAUAAUUAAUAAAAAGUUUAAAUUCCCAUGUUGAUGUCAGAAAGAAUCUAUGAAAGUGAUAAUCCUUACAAAUACAAUUAUAAAGUUAAAAAGUAUAAAAAUGAUUCUUCUGCUACAGAAAUUCCAAAAGGAUAACAUUUUACUACAUAGCAUUUAAUAGUAUAUAAUAAAUUAAAUCAAUUUAAUAGAAUCUUAGAACCCCUAUGAAGUUGUCAUAUAGAAAGUAAUGUCAUUCUCCAAAGAGGAUUAGAAUAAUAUCUUAAACAGAAUUAUAAAGACUAGUUAAUAAAAGCUGA